CUUGCAGCGUCAGACGGAGAGCGAUUCCACUGCUGAUUAUUACCAGAAUAAAUAAACAAUACGAAAUCGAUUGGAUUUGAAAGUCGCGUGUCGCGCCAAAUUUUCGCAUGUGUGUCUGACAGUGACGAGUGACAAGCUCAGAAUUAACAAUGCUUGCAAAAAAUGAGUACGGACUCGAGCACUGGACAGUUUUCACCACACAACGAGGAUAAUACAGAUAUAUUGGAGCAAGGCGAUUACGCGCCUUUACGAUGCUGGGACUGUAAUAUCACCUUCACAGCCAAAGAAUAUCUAUACAAACACUUAAUAUUUCACAUCAAACAGCCGUGCGUCGUGGUAGAUAAGCUGCAGCUGCCACCGUUAAAGGUCACGCUCAGAACUCGAGGCCCGAACAGCUUCGAGAUCGUGAGCAGCCCGUCACAGUCAGUGACAUCGCCCCUGAACGCCGACAACGCCGAUCGGCAGUCGGAAUCAACGUACCCGAAGUCCGCGACCCCAACUGUCAAGCUGGCCGAAGGCGGCGCAACUGCGGAACCGCAGCAAAGGGUCAAGGCAGAGCGGAACGAAGAAGAGGAGGAAAACGGGACCGCGGCCGGCGGCGGCAGUGAGAACGUCACCAUCGAGGAACUUGAACGGAGCGUCAGUUUCUCGCCGAAUUUAGCUGGCGGCGUUGUGUCGCCCGCUCCCAGCAGUCCCGCCUCAAACGCUGGCACGAGGACGCCGAACGGCAGCGAGAAAGAUAACAUCGAGAGCAAUAGCAGCUGCAGUACCACGAGUUCAAACACGGCAGCGGACGCGACCAGCGCCACCACGCCUGAGUAUGGCGGUAUACCGGGCGCCCAGCCCACACCUCCGCCUGAACCUUCACCCGAUUAUCCCAAGAUCCGUAUCAAGACCACCGGAUUACUCAAGGAACCACUGACAAUUACCGAAAUCACAGAUGAAAAUCCAACCGGCGAUCCCAAUAUGGCUCCAAACAACUCGAAUAACACCAUGUGGUCAACACCGUCACUGGAAGAUCCUUUGAAACUGCCAGAAAGUGACGAUAACAAUAUUCUGGCCCUUUUCAACAACAAUGACAAGGCGAAAGACUAUGGAUUUUGUUCCACCGACAGCGAAUACAUAUCUCUGGAUAGAUUGGGAGAAGGAAACAGAGGAGCAAUGCAAGUAUACAAUCCACAGAACACCGUGGUGACUUCGAGUCAGAACCCGUUGGAUUCCAUAACGGGCUUGCCAAUGCAGGCAUUAGCGCAACAAGUCUCGAGGCUACAAUCCACCAACCGCGAGGGAAAUGCUCUUCAUCAGCAAAACGUUUUGAUCAACAUCCAACAGUUCCCUUCAGCGCCCCAGCCGUCAUAUCAACCGCCGCCAAUGUACCCCCACCAUCCGCAAGCUCCAAUGUACCCGCCAUAUCAGUAUCAGCCUCCAAGUCCAAUGUAUUAUCCCCCCGGUUACCCACCGCAACCCCACAUGCCUCCACCAAUGCAACCUCAAAUGGGUCAAAUGCAGCCGCCCGGUAACCACCAACCUGCAAUGGGCCAACCGAUGGUACAAUCCGGUCCACCACCUGGUCACCAGACUGGAACGAUGGGACAGCCACCCAAUCCCAUGGUCUCGCAAGGUCAAAACAUGAAUAACAUGCAGCAAACACAACAACCGCCAGCCUACAGGCCUCAAAUGCAGCCUAGACAAGCAGCACCUCGACAACCAGCGCCGAACCCCAGGAUGCCCAUGCAGCCCCGACAGCCUGGUUUACCUCGUGGAUCAGGACCAACUCGCGCUCGUGUGCCGUGGAUGCGACCAAGGGGCGCCGCUGUACAGACACGUAAUCCGCGACCUCGCGUCCCGGGUCCGCAAAACGGACAGCAAGUGCGUCCAGCAGUGGCGACCAUGAAACGACCUGACGCAGGGGGUCCCGCCCCGCAGCUUCAACCUAAAAAGAAGCGUGUCGACCUUUUGACUCCCGACAAGGAUGAUGAGGACUGUCAAGUCAUUUGCAUGCAGCCGAAAAAUACCGAUGGGGGAUUGCCACAGAUUGAGAAUAUUCAGGGGGGUAAACCUGACUCAUCUGAAGGCAACAUAAUGCACCUGUCCGAUUCAAUCACGCUGUCGGUUCGUAAUCCUCCACCCAAACCAGCGGAACAAGCGAAGAAGUCGGACGCUUCAGCCGUGGCAAAUAUACUGGCGACACGUGGCAUCACUGUUACGGCCACGGCAAAGCCCAAGGAAAAAGAACCCUCCAAACCAGUCAGUGCAGCUAUUCCUUCGUCAUUGAAUCUCAACGGAGCCGUCAGCAUAUUACCGGCGGCCAAAACAAACGGAAAUGCCAAGGUUCAAGAGGCACUGCCCUUGGUUGAUCUCACAGACGACACUGCCGUAUCGUCGAACCCUCCAAAACCGAAUAACGCAAGUCAAAAGCAACGAGGCGGUCUGCCGUACCGCUGCGACUUGUGUCCCGCACAAUAUCCAAACGCCGUAGGUCUCAACAAGCAUAGGCAGAGCUACCACAAAACCAGUGCGGGCAUCUGUGAUCUCGCUAUACCCCUAAUCAAUUUAAAACAGCCCGGAAUAUUCCAAAAGCUGGCCGGUAUCGGCAUCAACAAUUACAUCGCCGUGUCCGGCCCCAACGGCGAAAAUUUAUCACUGCCGCUCAUAAACACCAGGAAUCCCGGCAACAUGGCGGCAUUAGGUUCGACACAGAUGGUCACCCUGGGACCGAUCAGGGCCAUUCCGAAGACACAAAAUACCGCAGCUCAACAAAACACCAAUCAGGCGCCUCAACGACAAAACAUUCAAAAAACUUAAAUCAUUUUAAGAUAUGUUUAAUAGAAUUUUCGGUGAAUUUAGUUACAUUUACAAUUUAGUUACAAUUUUUAAGUUAAUAAACCACAAGAAAAGUAUUGUUAAUUUUUAGAAUUUUUCUUUUUUUAUAUUUUUAUAGCUGUUAUAAAUUUUGUUUGAGUUUAUGCCGAACAACUUAUAGACUGAUUACUUGAUGUGCAAUUAUUUACAAGCGUUUUAGCUUGUCUUGUAUAAUUUGUUAAUAAGUUUACAUACAAUGUUUACAAUUUGCCAAAUUUUUAGACUUUGGUGAUUGUAUUGACAUUUUUAAUUUAAUGGACAUCAUCCAUUGAAUGUACAAUGUUUGUGAUAAUAAAUAUUAUUUUACAUUAAAA